AAACAUGACUCGUUUGGGAUCACUACUCUGCACUACUAGACUAGAAGGUGUUGGUGAGUGGUAGGGUUUCUCUCUCUCUCUUCCUCACUCGCUCACUUCGCCCCCAUUCCUCUGCGACUCCCCUCGCCCUCUCCUUUCUCCGCCGACGCCUUUCCUACGCUUGCAGUCAGGAAAAUGCAAGGAGCAAUUCAAGCAAUUCGAUCCCGUGGAGGUGUCCUCAAGAGUGCAAUUCUUCGACAUGUCCGCAUCGUGAAUCCUGCCAUGCUGCCCACUGUAUUUUCACAUUUCCAGUCAGUUUCUUCCUCUCGAUUAGAAGAGCACGGAUUUGAGAGCACCACUAUUGCUGAUAUCUUGAAAGAUAAAGGUAAGAGCGCUGACGGGUCAUGGCUUUGGUGCACUACCGAAGAGACUGUUUAUGAUGCUGUGAAAUCAAUGACGCAGCACAAUGUCGGAGCUUUGGUGGUGGUAAAACCUGGAGAAGAGAAAGGGAUUGCUGGAAUUAUUACCGAGAGAGAUUAUCUCCGGAAAAUUAUUGUGCAAGGAAGAUCUUCCAAAUCAACUAAAGUUGGUGACAUCAUGACUGAGGAGAACAAGCUGAUCACAGUGACUCCGGAUACUAAAGUUCUGCGAGCUAUGCAGCUGAUGACAGAUAACCGUAUUAGGCACAUCCCGGUGAUUGACGAGACGGGUAUGAAAGGAAUGGUCUCCAUUGGAGAUGUUGUCCGUGCUGUGGUGACCGAGCAUAGGGAGGAACUGAACCGCCUCAAUGCUUACAUACAAGGCGGUUACUAGAAUUAAGGGAUCCUAAACUCUUCUAGUGUGCCGCUUAGUGAUGAUGGCGAAAAGUUAUGUUUGCAUGAAGUUCCUGAACUUUGGUGUUUGAUGUUCUAUUUAAGUAUGUAUAUAUAUGCUUUGCAUCUCUUCCGUCCUUCUUCAUCUACUGAUGGUAUGUCGUGACCAACAAACAGUUCAUGUACUGAGUAAUAAAUAAAGUUGAUGGCGAACUUUCUUGAUGA